UUAGUUUUUACACACUUCUUCUUCGAGCUUCAUAGUAGUUGUGGGCAUUUUGAGUUAAUUUAUAUUUUAAUUGGUGGCAUACUGAAUAACGACGUAAAAUAAUAAAAUGCACAGAAUUGUAAUGAGAUGGAAGUGGAUAUUUCGAUAAAUAGUUUGUCAAUGAAAUAAAUGUACUUUGAAGGCCAAUGUCGAUGCAUUAUUGGAUGAAAUGUAAUCUAUGGGUUAUAUGUUAUAAAAUUUACUAUAAAAGGCGCACUGCACUAAACCAAAUAUAUCAAACAGUUAUCAACUUUCAUUCAAUAAACAGCAACCAAACAAAAACUAACCGAAAAUGUUCAAAUACGCCGUUGUUCUCUUCGCUCUUUUCGCCUGCGCUGCUGCCAAGCCCGGUUUUCUGGCUGCCGCUCCAUUGGCCUAUGCUGCUCCCGCCGCUGUUGUCGCUGCACCAGCUCCAGUUGUUACCGCCACCAGCAGUCAAGUGAUCGCGAGAAAUUACAAUGGUAUCGCCGCUGCUCCAGUUGUUGCUGCCGCCCCAGUUGUUGCCCGUUAUGCUGCCGCUGCUCCUUUAGCUGCUCCCUUAGCCGCUCCAGUUGUUGCCCGUUAUGCUGCCGCUGCUCCUCUGGCUGCUCCCUUAGCCGCUCCCUUAGUUGCACCGUUAGCUGCUGCUCACUAUGCUGCUGCUUCUUUAGCUGCUCCAGUUGUUGCUCGUUACGCCGCCGCUCCCUUAGCUGCUGCUGUGUGGUAAAAGAUGUUCGUACAUUUUAAUAAAUGAGAAAACUUUAGUACAAAUUUA